AUGUCAGAUAUGGGUCUCCCUGCUGGGGAUGGAGCUACAUAUAGUGGGAGACAAUUAAAGGCAGAUGCUAAAAAAGCUAUUGGAAGGCUUCAACUACGCACACUGAAAGAAGGAGACAAGGAAAUUGGCCCAGAUGGAGAUAGUUGUGCUGUGUGUAUUGAACUGUAUAAACCAAAUGAUUUGGUACGCAUCUUAACCUGCAACCAUAUUUUCCAUAAGACAUGUGUUGACCCAUGGCUGUUAGAACAUAGGACUUGCCCCAUGUGCAAAUGUGAUAUUCUCAAAGCUUUGGGAAUUGAGGUGGAUGUUGAAGAUGGAUCAGUGUCUAUACAAAUCCCUGUAUCCAAUGAAACAUCCAAUAGUGCCUCUCCUCAUGAAGAGGAUAAUCGCAGUGAGACUGCAUCUUCUGGAUAUGCUUCAGUUCAGGGAGCAGAUGAACCACCUUUGGAGGAACACAUGCAGUCAGCAAAUGAAAAUCUGCAGCUGGUAAACCAUGAAGCAAGCUCUGUAGCAGUGGAUUUUGUUCCUCAUGUUGACAACCCAACCUUUGAAGAAGAUGAAACUCCUAAUCAAGAGACUGCUGUUCGAGAAAUUAAAUAAUAAAAUCUAUGUUAAUAGAAAACUUGAACAUUUAGUAAUAACAGACUACCAAUCAGGGCCUAGUUUACUAUUAAUGAACUGGAUGAGCUUAAUAAAGUUAGAAUGAUAAAGUACUUCUGAGAUGACUAAUAUUAUGCUAUAGUUAAAUGGCUUAAAAUAUUUAACCUAUUAACUUUUUUCCACGAACUCAUUAUAAUGUUUUUCAUAGGCAAGUUUCCCCUUACUAGUGAUAGCAAGAUUUUUAAACAUUUAAAACUGUCUUCAAGUAGUCAUGUUUUUCAUUUAUAACAAUUUUCUUAUAAAAACAUAUUGCUUUUAAAAUGUGAAGUAGCUGUAAUCACUAUUUUAUGAUAAUAUCUUAAUUAAAAAUACUACUACUUUAGCUUGGGCUAUAUGUGUCAGGGUUUUUCUCCAGGUGCUUAUAUUGAUCUGGAAUUGUAUUGUAAAAAGCAAUGCAAACUUAGGCUACUACUCCAUGAAAUGUCUAUUUAAACUACAUUAAGUUGAUAAAAUAAGAUUAAAGCAAAAUACUCAUUUUAAUUAUUUCUUGUUUUAAAAUUAGGCUAAAUGUACUUCAUGUAAGUAUCAAGCAUAGUUUGUCAGAGAAUAUGGACUGGACUGGAUUAAUUGAUAUAUUAGUGACACCAAUUUGACACAAGAUUAUACAUAAAAAGUUUCCUUACAAAAAUACUUUAUAACUAUUUCUCAAACUUUAUUUAUGAGAUUUUCAAAAGCAGAGUAUAUAAAUUGUCAUACUACUUGAAAAUGAUAAGUUAUACAAAAAUCGGUAAUUGAUCUUUGUGUAUGAAUUAGUUUACAGAAAUUAUUCUGUAGAAAAUAUUUUCUAAAUAAUGUUGACUUUGAAAAUCGAGUUUACAUUUUACCUAAAUGGGCUAAAAUUACAUUAGGUAAACUAAAAUUCUGUCCAUGUAGCUAUAAAUUUCGUGAAUGCAUUCUUUCGUGUGUUUGAAAAAGAAUAGGGAGGGAGAGAAUUCCAGGUGCCUUAAUAUAAAGUUUGAAGCUUCAUCCACCAAAGUUAAAUCGAGCUAUUUAAAAAUGCACUUUAUUUGUAUUCUAUGUGGCUCAUCUUUGGUUUUAGACUUUUGUUUCCAGUGCAAAUUCUAGCAGAAGUUAGGCCAAAGCAGAACAGAAAUGUAUUUUUGUUUGCUAAAUGUAGAAUGGAUGAAACCAUUGCGUUCUUGUACACUGAUUUGAAAUGCUGUAAAUAUGCCCUGAUUUGUAUUGAUUCUCUUUAAGUAUAAAAUAUAAAUAAAAUAUUCCAAUAAAAGUUUGUGUCUGAUGUU